CGUUUGAAUUUGAUCGCGAUUUGGUCGCACAGACGAACAUACGACAGAACGUUGCGCAAACAAACGCAUGAUGUCAGAUUUUCUGUACCCACCAAUGGAUGGUGUCUGAAUAUGUUCGAAAAAGGAGAUCCAGUCUAGAUUAUCCGAAAAAGGACAUCUCUCGAGGAAUAUUGUCUUUACCUUUCGCUCCGAAUCGCCUCUCCCUAUUUUGGUAGAAAUGUCUGCUCUUCGAGGCUGGGAGUUCGGUGACAGGUUUCCAAAGGGAUGGGAAUUCAUCAGGACGCCGGAUUUGCACCUGAAUAACCAGAUUCUUAGACCCAAUAGCAGGAAAAACGAAGGGGGUCGCCAGGGACUGAAGGAGGGCUAUGAAGAACCCGUGUCAAACCGAGAGGACUGGUGGAGAUCUACCAUCAAAGAAACGCCCGUGCCAGGUGCUUACGAACUCGAUGAUUUCUUGAAGGAAAAGGAAAAAGCUAAGAUAACGUAUAAUUUCAAAAACGAGGGAAGGAAAAGGGACCCCACGCCGCACGGAAAAGGAUCAACGCUUUUGCCGGGGGCGUAUGCUCAUAGAGACUUCAUCCACGAAUUAGAUAAGAAACGAGUUACAUACAAUUUCAAAUCAACAAGUCGAACCUCCCAAGAUUUUCUCAACAAAGGAAUAAAGGACAAGGAUGUGAACGUCAGUCCCGAUAGAUACCCAAUGGAGAAAUAUCUUUCAUGUACAGUUGAAAAACAACCCUCAAAGCAUUUUUUCUUCCGAUCUCAGUCACAACGCUUCCCUCCAGCCUUCUACAAACCUAGAGAAGGCCCUCCACCUGGUGCCUAUGGUACAAUGACUGCAUCCUCCCCAAUGAUAUCCUCAAGCUUCAAAUCAAAGACGCCAAGAUUCUCAUCAGCGCACACAAAAGUGCCAGGCCCUGGCUCCUACGAAAAGACCUACCAAUCACCUAUGCCAGGAACUAUUGCCAAGAUGGGGAGACAACAUGGACUCUUCUUUGCGUGUGCCUUCCACUGAGGGAUCAACUGCUUUGCAAGUGGACACUGCUGAAUUCAAAGUUCUUGCCGGAGUUCUGCAUUUGAUAGUGUGGAUGUCAUCGCAUCAUUUUCUUGAUACUUGACACUUAGAGCCUAUUUAUUGCACAACGUGUUAUAGAUCACUGCUUCAAGAAAAGGGACCUUUUAGUUGAAAUCCGAGAGGAAAUUUUUGGGGAUUAUUUGUCUUUAAACUCAGCCAAAAGAGGCCUGUCAGUGGAUUUACUGUGCUCACACUCCUAACCUGUUGGUAAAGAAGAUUCUCAUUCAUAAAAUGCAUCUAUGAUGUGUUUGAAACAUGUGCUACAUGUCGUUUUAUUUAACCACAAAACAAACACAGCAGGGGCAAAAGAAAAUCUUUCGAAUAGAAAAAGAUAUAUUGAUGAUUGACACAUUGUGCUACAGGACUGUAUCUUAUUGAUGACCUGAUUAUGGAAAUGAGCAAAGUAAUCAGUGUGAGUAUUGUCAUACUGUACUGUAGGGCAGUUGAGAGCUGGCCAGAAGAACCGACCAGCACACCACAGUUGCCGGGGACGGUUUUGUUGUCACAGAUUUUGAUGCAUUUGAUUUGUCAUGGGUUUGGGUGGAAAUUUCUAUACAUUGUUACCCACCAGAUGAAUCAAAGCAUUAGAAACGCCAGUAUUUCAAUACUGAUCACAGCAGCUCCCACUGGGUUCUCCAUUGUAUGUCUUCCUUUUUAGGGCGGGUGGACAAAUUUUAGCAAUUCUGUGAUAUCUUGUCGCCUCGAGGCUUCAACUGUGAUACUGUAGAAAAGGGUUUUUCCACCGUACUGACAUCCAAGAUGUGGAUGAAUGGUAGAAUCAGCCCUUUAGUUAGGUUAGCAGUGGACUUUAAACAUCAGAACAAGACAAAGGGACCACGUUUUAGAAUAAAGGAAUCAUCACCAUGUCAAAUACUUUGGCCUUUGCCAUGUGAAAUCUCCUUUCAUUGUACAAAUCCUGUUACCUAGUGUACAAAUGUAAAUAAGGCUGAUGUUUUCAAUUUUGAAAUGUUUUAUUAAUAAAUUAAUAAACUAUA